AUGGGUAAAGGUGGGAAUGCAUGCAAAAGAACGCAAAAUCGUGAAAGAAAAGCUGCUAAUAUUCCUAAAGAAGGAAAAUCCCAACUAAAAGUUAAUGCUGAAGCAAUGAGUUUGAAAUGUAAUGUCUGUCUACAACCAUUUAUGAAAGUUCAGACAAGACCAUUGUUGAAACAGCACUGGGAAGCCAAACAUCCAAAAAAGACUUUUGAGGAGUGUUUCCCAGACAUACCAAUGAACUGA